GCUGUGGUGUAUUCUGAUUUCUCAUUCAUAUAUGACUCCCCAUUCUACUUUGUCUCUCCCAUUUACACAUAAAUUCUUCACACCUACACUUUACUAUUUAAAAUAGGUGGUUACUUAUUAACAUGAGAACUAGAAGAGGCUUUUCUUAUCCUCCAAUUCCAACCAUGUUUUCCGACACUGUUAGCCGGAAAAGACAGAAGAAAUCGCCGGACACAACCGCUGGUAACUCUGACUUUUUCGAGUCUUUGCCUGAUGACCUUGUCCUCUCUAUUCUCUGCAAACUUAGCUCCACAGCGUCUUCCCCUUCCGAUUUUGUUAGUGUUUUGAUCACGUGCAAGAGACUAAACUCUUUAGCUCUUCACUCUCUGGUAUUGUCGAAAGCAUCCCAUAAAACAUUCUCAGUUAAAGCUAAAAACUGGUGUGACUCCGCACAUCGUUUUCUCAAACACUGUGCCGAUGCCGGAAACAUUGAGGCGUGUUACACUCUUGGCAUGAUUCGGUUCUACUGUUUGCAAAACAGAGGUAGCGGAGCCUCGCUUAUGGCUAAGGCAGCGAUGCACUCUCACGCGCCGGCUCUCUACUCGCUGGCCGUUAUUCAGUUUAACGGCAGCGGCGGCACCAAAAACGACAAAGACCUUCGAGCUGGAGUUGCGCUUUGCGCACGCGCUGCUUUCCUCGGUCACAUCGACGCGCUGCGUGAACUUGGCCAUUGCUUGCAAGAUGGUUACGGAGUUAAGCAGAACGUAACGGAAGGACGACGGUUUCUGGUCCAAGCCAAUGCGCGUGAACUUGCAGCCGUUUUGUCCGCUGGUAAUAAUAAACGGCCAUGGCUGACAUGGAGCCUCCACCCGGUUCCACACCCGCAUCCUCGGCUCCAGUCACUUGCCGGGUCGGGUUGCCCGUUGUUGAGUGAUUACGGUUGCAACGUGCCGGCGCCGGAGGCUCAUCCGGCGAGCCAGUUCAUGGCGGAGUGGUUUGAGGUUGGGGGCGGGUCACCGGGUCCGGGUAUGAGACUGUGUUCACAUUUGGGUUGUGGGCGACCCGAAACCAGGAAGCAUGAGUUUCGGAGGUGUUCGGUUUGCGGUGCGGUGAAUUACUGCUCACGGGCGUGCCAAGCGCUUGAUUGGAAGUUCCGCCACAAGGCGGAGUGUGCUCCCGUUGAGAGGUGGCUCGAUGAGGAGGGUGAAGAUGUAGCCGGCGAAGAUGACGGCGGCGGCGACGGUGAAGGGGCAGUGAUGGUUAAUAGUUAGGAGAUUUUUGGAAAGGUUAACGACAACGUUAACGGAAGCUUGUUUGGAAGUUUCAAGUUUCAUCGGGUAUGAAUCUAAUUUUUGGGUGUUGGGUAAAUGAAAAAAAAAAAAUCUGAUUUAUUACUGUGGCCCUGCAAUGUGCAAACUUCAAUGGCAGGGUUUGGCUUCUUCGUUACUUUCACUUUUGUAUAGAAUAGUAAAUUCUCCUGAGAAACAAAUGAAGGGGAUACUUUUUGAUUAAUUUUUUUUACUUGUCUCUUGUUAGUUUAACAAAGAGCAAUUAGCAAUCCUUAAUCUAUUGUUAAUUUUGGUAAAUUAAGACAUGAACUUGACUCCUUAGUUUUUCUACCAAUUUAGUUGUUUUCACAUUUUAGUUAAACUCAAUAUUAAUUUAAACUCUCUUUCUUAUUGACUUUAUGAUAAUGCAUAUUAUGAGAAUUACCGAGUCAUUGAAAUUCAAAUGUGGUUACUUG